CUUUCACCAUCAUCUCUCUCUCGGAUCCAUGGCCUAUAACAAUUUCACCCGCCUCGAUGCUCAAUCCGCCGCCGAGAAAGCCGUCUCAGUGAUCGAAUUAGGUUACGAUCUCUGCUCUGAUGUUCGUUUCUCCGCUUGUAAAACUACACUAGACGGUUCCAGGUUAGUCGAAAUCGACCCGACCCGGAACCGUGACUUAGUCUUCCCCGGUGGGAUCGUCGUUAACAACGUCUCGAGCUCUAUUAAGUGCGAUAAAGUUGAACGUACUCGAUUACGCUCCGAUAUACUCUCUUUUAAUCAGAUGUCGGAGAAGUUUAAUCAAGAUAUGUGUCUCUCCGGGAAGAUUCCGCCGGGGAUGUUUAAUAAUAUGUUUGCGUUUAGUAAAUGUUGGCCUAAAGAUGCGAGCUCUGUGAAGAAUUUAGCUUAUGAUGGUUGGUUCAUUAGCUUGUAUAUACGUGUUGAGAUUGUUAGGAAGCAAUUGACUCUACGUGAUGAAGUGAAACGUGAGGUUCCUUCUUCUUGGGACUCUGCUUCACUUGCUGGGUUUAUUGAGAAAUAUGGUACUCAUGUAGUUGUUGGAGUGAGUACUAAAUUUUAA